AUGUCGGUUGUGUUUGUUUCCGAACAGGGUGGCAAUGCUCGCACAAACCUUCGCUCGUUAUUCCGCAUAGUGUUUCCCAGCGUGCCCCUCCCAACUCCCCCGGGGGACUUCAUCGGCCGCCUGGCAAGCACCAAGAACGUUCCCGCCCGCCAGGUUGUUACCCCCUACAUCGCCUACGAGACCGAACUGCGGCACAAGUUCGCCGAGGGACAAAAUAUUCCGCAAAAUGCCAACAUGAUACCCAUCUACGACGGCCAUGAGAAUCUCGUAAAGUUUUGCCAUCACGGCCGCAAUAUAUUGGACAAGACCAAGUAUAUCAUGCCGCUGCCGCAGUCGCUGACGGGAAAUCACGGCGAUCCGGCAAUCACACUGAGCCUCGCUGACUACCGGAAGAAUUUUCGCGCUUUUACUCACGGUCUCUUCCACGACAUGGAUUGGGGAAACAUGGUCGUCGCAGGCUCUUCUGCCCUUCUGCCUCUACUACCGUAUCGGGAAAAGCCGAGCCGGCCCAGGGUGCCGACAGGAAGUAACCCGCUCGAGGAGUACUCUUACACUGCUCGGUACAGCGACAUCGACAUAUUCCUCUACGGCAUAAACGAAAAAGAGGCCAUCAACAAGAUCAUAAAUAUCAACGAGAUAAUCCUCAGAAUAUAUCAGUCCCCCAGCGAGAUCCUCACUGGGUUCGACGUCGACUGCGCCUGUGUCGCCUACGACGGAAAUCAAGUGUUAACAAAUCCUCGAGGUAUCACGGCCAUUGUGACGCGCACGAACGGGAUUGGUAUCACCCGACGGAGUCCAUCUUAUGAAAAUCGCCUCUGGAAAUACAGACAUCAAAACUUUGACGUUUACUGGGAAGAUCUCGACCGAAGACGAGUCCGCAUCAAAUUUCCCGAUGACGGCCCCCAACGUGGUCUUGCACGGCUGCUCAUGUUUGAGAAAAGGGCCGCCAAGGGCCUCCAGACCCACUACAUAAUUCAGAGGCACGUCGGCCGUGUCGACGACAACGGCGAUCCCUCGCAGGCGGAUGCCAGCGGAUACAUGCGGCAGGAGCUGCCAAUGGGGGAGAGAUUUACAUCUCAGAGCGUCCACAACUAUGUCGUCAAGCACUCAAAAGAGCCCUACUAUUUCGGAAACAUCUCCCAAGUCUGCACCGUCGGUAACAAAUCAGGAUCGCACAAGAACCCGAAGCUGAUCGGCAAGAUCCCUUUUAUUAAAGACAACCCAGGGCGCCAGAUGAUCGGUAGCUUCUAUCCUUUGACAGCCAACGACUGGACAGCACACGCGUACAGGGCGCGGAAGCACAAGUGA